AUGUAUUAUUUUUCCGCCCUGUGCGGAAAACAAACUAAGAAAGGUUAUGAUAAAUUUGAAUAUGUCGUGUAUCCUCCAUUGGAGUUGUUCGACUUCAAAAUAUUCUUUACAAAAGACUUGUUUAAUACAGAAACGUUGAAAAAGUUACAUAAUUUUUGUGCUAACUCGCUGGCGAGUAUCGCCAAGCGCCUGGCCCCCUGCCCCCAUGUAGAUGACGCUCUCAUGGUGGUCACCAAAGGGGACGCUCCCCACGCGGUCGCCGAAAGGGACGCUUCCCAGGUGGUCGCCGAAGGGGAUGCUCCCCAGGCCGUCGCCGAAGAGGACACUCCCCAGCUCGUCGCCGAAGGGGACGUUCCCCAGGCCGUCGCCGAAGAGGACGCUCCCCAGGCCGUCGCCGAAGGUGACUCUCCCCAGGCCGUCGCCGAAGAGGACGCUCCCCAGGCCGUCGCCGAAGAGGACGCUCUCCAGGCCGUCGCCGAAGAGGACGCUCCUCAGGCUGUCGCCGAAGAGGACGCUCCCCAGGCCGUCGCUGAAGGGGACGCUACCCAGGCCGUCGCCCAAGGGGACGCUCCCCAGGCCGUCGCCGAAGGGACGCUCUCCAGGCCGUCGCCGGAUGGGACGCUCCCAGGCCGUCGCCGAAGGGGACCUUCCCGAAACCGUCGCCAAGGGGACGGCGCCGUCGCCGAAGGGGACGCUUCCCAGGUCGUCGCCGAAGGGGAAGCCCCACAGGUCGCCGAACGGGACGCCCUACAGGCCGUCGCCGAAGGAGACGCCUCCCAGGCCGUCGCCGAAGGAGACGCCUCUCAGGCCGUCGCCGAAGGGGACGUCCCCCAGGCGGUAGCCGAAGAGGAUGCUCCCCAGGUGGUCGCCGAAAAGGACGUUCCCCAGGUGGUCGCCGAAGAGGACGUUCCCAAGGCGGUCACCGAAGGGGAUGCUCCCCAGGAAGUCACCGAAGGGGACGCCCCCCCGGCUAUCGCCGAGGGGGAAUCUCCCCAGGUGGUCACCGAAGGGGACGCCCCCCAGGCCAUCGCCGAGGGGGACGCUCCCCAGGAGGUCACCGAAGGGGACGCUUCCCAGGCGGUCACCGAAGGGGACGCUCCCCAGGCGGUCACCGAAGGGGACGCUCCCCAGAAGGUCGCCGAAUGGGACGCUCACCAGGCCAUCGCCGAGAGGGACACUCCCCAGGCGGUCACCAAAGAGGAAGCUCCCCAGGCUGUCACCGGAGGGAAAGCUCCCCGGGUAGUGCCCUGUAGAGCUGCUGUCCAAAAGCCCUGGGCCAAUAAACCAACUCACCAGGCCAAGAAUACCUUGGUCCCAUGGGCCCAAGGUAAUCUAAAAUCAAAGGCUGAGCACGCACCAAACAGAGUGGCAGAAGCCCGUAAAGCUGCUGCCCAACAGGGCCGGGCCAUGGUCAAGGCUCGCCGGUUGAAAACAGCUAUAAAACAAAAGUGA